AUGGCGCCCAAACGCUCCUCCGCCCGCGAUCCCCACCCUUCCAUGGCCGCAACCACCCAAUCCUCCUCCACAUCCGCCGGCUCCGUCCCAUCAGCAGCAUCAACCCCCACCAAAGCCGCUCCCAAGGCCUCUUCCUCCUCAUCUUUCUCUUCCAGACAAUCGCCUCAGGACGUCGCCUAUGGCAUAUGGAAGAACUACCUAGCCCAAACGCCGCAGCGGACGAAGCUGAUCGACGCGUUCAUGGGCUUCCUGGUCGUCGUCGGCGUGCUGCAGUUCGUGUACUGCGUUAUCGCCGGGAACUACCCCUUCAACGCUUUCCUGUCUGGCUUCUCGGCGACGGUGGGCCAGUUUGUUUUGACGGCUUCUCUGAGGAUACAGACGAACGUGGAGAACAAGGCGGAGUUUGUUGAUGUCUCGCCUGAGAGGGCCUUUGCGGAUUACGUCUUUGGAAGCUUGAUCUUGCAUUUCUUUUGCGUUAACUUCAUCAAUUGA